UGCGCAGUGAGGAGCAUAUCCGGGUACUUCAACCCGCGAUCAAAGUGCGAGUGGGUGCGAGAAAGUCGUCUGAUUCGGGCGAUAUUUCGUUAGAUUUGCCCACUUCUGGCGGAAUUUUCACAGUAAGCGGGAAGAAACGGCCGUUUGAUCGGAGUUCGUAAGGAGAAGAAGGCGGCAGAGAAGGUUUUAAGCAGUGGGAUGCCACAAUAGCAGCCACAGUAGAUAGAGUAGACACCAAGACAGCUAGGCUAGCAAGAUGACGAGCACAGUAAAGAAGGGCAAGAAGGAGCCCUUAACGGAUGAAGAGAAGGUGAAACAGUAUGAAGGAGACGGAAUGGUCUUCAAAGGAAAGGUGAUUGGGAUUGAUGAUGUAGAAGCGGCCAGGGGAGACAAGAUGUGUCAGGAUUCCAUGAACAAGCUCAAGCUUGCAGUAAAGGCAUCGGGAGCUCACAAGCAGCGCAUCACCAUCAGUGUGUCUCUUCAGGGGCUCAAGAUCAUAGAUCUCGCCUCAGGGGCAAUCAACCACCGGCACCCAGUGCACAAGAUCUCGUUCAUAGCACGGGAUGUGACGGACAACAGAGCCUUUGGCUGGGUCUUCAGUCCAGGGGAGGGGCAGCACAAGUUCUUCGCCAUCAAGACAGAAAAGCAGGCUGAGGCGGUAGUGUUGUCUAUCCGAGACCUGUUCCAGACAGUGUACAAUGUUAAGAAAGCAGAGAUGGACAAGAAGAAACAAGCACAGCAAGAUGGCACCACAGAUCCCACCAACGGCGAAAGCUACUACCAGUCUGUCCAAUCUACAAAGGUAAAAAGUCCAAAAAAGAGACGAAAAGGAAGCCCCACAAAUGAAAGCUCGUAUGACACUUCUACGGGAGAACCUAUCUACCAGGACCAGCUUUCAUCCAACCAUCUUAAUAGCAACACGCUGCAGCUUACUGCUUGCUUGCCUCGUGUUCCCACCAACAAGCCAGUAGAACAAGACGGGGAAGCCCAGCCUGCAGCAGCAGAACAGAAUGCAGGGGAAGCCAAGGCUGGUGCACAGGUUGGCAAUUUGCUGGACCUUGAAGAGGAGCUUCAGUCACUGCAGACUGGAAUCAAAGACAUGGACAAGUUGGCUGAUCUUUUUGCUGCCCAGCCCAACGACCCAUUCAGCAGUCCUGACUCUACCGCCAACACUCCCAACAGACAACAGGAUCUGUUCGGCUCCCCCGUGGCUCCAGUGAAUGAAAUUUUGACCCCUAUGGGGUCAUCUAGUCUCCCUGGCAGCUCGGCUACAACACCUGGUGAUGAUUUUCUCAACAGUCUGCUUCAACCAAUCAAGGCCAAUCAGCCUCUGCAACCCAUACCUGUCAACCAAUCACAGCCUGUCUUGAUACCAACCCCUGUCAACAGCCAAUCACAGUCCAAAUUGCAACCAAGUCCUUCCAGCCAAUUGUCAUCAGUCUCUCUCCCUCCUCCUCCUAAUAGCAAAUCACAGCCAAUCUUACAGUCAACUCCUGUUAACCAAUCCCAGACAAGCUUACAUUCAGACACUAGCAGCCAAUCAAGUGGACCCUCCUUCCCAAGUCUGGACUCUGGAAGCAGUAAAACAUCACCCGAGAGGCAAAUUGGGGUUAUCCGUGUUCUCGAUGAUCCGUUUGCAGAUUCUCCUUUCCAACAGUCACCCAGUCAGAGCGAGUCGUUUUCAAGUAGCAGCCAAUCACAACAGUCCAAUCCGUUCAGUGACUCUCCGUUCACAGUAGAUAGGAAAGAAUUUGUUAACGGAGUUUCAACAACUCCUGUAGUUAAUCCGUUUGGAGGAGGCGAUUUCUCUAAACCAACCACAUCCUUCAGCACUGGAGGGGUGAUCACAAGGGAGACAAAAACUGUGUUUUCCACCCCUGUGAAUAAGGACCUUGUAAAAACUGACCCGUUUGGAGAUUCCUUUAGAGUGACCACUGCUGAUUCGUCUACUCUAGCUACGUCAGCAAUUUCUACAAGUUUCCCCGAGUCCAAUGAGUCCAGGGACAGUGAGAGACGGGGUAACCAGCCACCAGCCAACCAAGCCUUCGCCAACCCUGCCAUCCAGCAGCAGAUCGACCCAUUCGGGGGGUCCUUCACCGCCCCACCAGCCCAGCAGCCUGGCUUCUCCCAGCCUCCCAUGGGCUUUAAUCAACCACAGGCAGGGUUUGGCCAGGGCUUCGGUACCGCUCCGAUGGUCACCACCAUGCAGUCCCCGCCAAUGAUGGCACAGCCCGGUUUCGGUAGUCCCGCAGGAUUCGGGGCUUCUCCGUUCAACUCCACCACGGCGUCGGUCGGGCUGAACACAGCGGCCAUCGCCAGCCCGCCUCUCAACACGGCGGGGCAGCCCCUGGUCAGACGCCCUCCCCCAGAGGAACCCAAAAAGUCGGACGCCCCCGACCCGUUUGCGGACUUGUUAGACUAUGCCGCCGACCAAGACAAGAAGCAGAUGGCUCCUCCGGACGAGGGCGGCGUGGAGGGAACGUCAGACGCCUUCUCUGCGUACUUCGGCUCGGCCGUGGGGAUUGAAGCAGACGAAGAGGCGGAGAGCAAGCCCCCUCCCUCCGGCCCCCCUCCCCCCCUGCCGGGAGCCGACCUGGCCGGCCCGGCCCCCCCACCCAGGCCGUCGGCUAACGGGAUGGCCCCCACCCCAGCUCCCCGGCAACAGAAUGGCCCGGCCUCUUCAGAUCCGUUUGGCUUCGGGGAUUCAUUCGGAGCUGCUCCUCCCAAGCCGACCCGAGCAGCACCACCCACAGCAGAGGCAGACCCAUUUGGGUUAGGGUCGUUAAACCCCACCCCGGCCGCAAACCCCGCACCCAGUAAUGACCCCUUCGGAAACGAGCCAUUCGCACCGUUUGACUUUGGAGGCGGCGACAGCAAAAAUACUGCAAAGCAGGCCCCACCAAAGCCUGAUCCGUUUGGCCUGGACCCUUUUACCCAGCAGGUUGGUUAACAGUUAGAACGCAUGAGGAGCCACUGUAUGCCACAGUGAACAAGCCACCGAAGAACCAAUGAGGAGAGACCCCAGCAAACCCGCGCCUGCCCGGGAUUCUGCACACAGCUUGUUGUUACUUCCAUACAGUACAGUUUUAUAAUAGAUUCCUACAGCAUGUAGUAUUCACACAGAAAAUAGACUUUGGAACUUGCAUAGUUGAGCAUUUAUAUGUGACUUCUUCAAAAUCAGAGUAUAUACGAUAUAUAGAAACGAACGCUUUCAACUAUUGGCAGUAAGCAAUUGAGAAAUGAUUUUUUGUCGUUGUGAGAAUACAAUAGUUACUCAGUGGUUGGCAAACAUGAAAACUACUCUGGACAACACUGUACAAUACAUGAUCUUGUUUAUGUAAUUGUGUAAUACAACAGUCUGCUAUUUUGGCAAGUUUUAGCCAUUCAAGUAUGUUCAAAAUGUGCAGUGUACAUCUUUCGUGUGCAAAUGCUGAUGUAACUGUGAUCUUUUUCUCUUUAGUUUAAAGUGAUCUUAUGUACAACUUUCUACAACUAAAGGAACAAAUUCAAUUGAAGUUGAAGCUACUUGUGCAUCUUGUACUACAUUGUUGGUGCAAUGCUUUUUUCACUAGCAGGCAGUGUACUGCAUUUGUCACAUCUUAUUUCCACUCUGUAAUGUCAUUGGACAAGGUCUACUUCUAUUUGACCAAUCACAGCUGAAGUCGGUUACACCUCACAUGAUCUGAAGAGCCAAUCAGAGGCCUAUCCUCCUGAAGUAUGGGGUUUGUUUCAAUCCAUUAUGGAAAUAAAUUUUCCUUUAAAUUAAUAUGAAAUUAAAAUUAAAAGUCUAUUUUACAAUGGGACAGAAUUGUCAUUGAUGACAAAGUUGUUACAAAAAUCUUAUAAACAUGACAAAUGGUCGCUUCCAAAUGAAUAUUAUUGUUUUGACAUAAUCAUUGAUAUCUUACAGAAAAAAAAGAGAUAUAAUAACAUGUAGAUAAGAUAUUUUAAAUAUGCUAACAUGUUUACUUCGAUAAUGAUGCCAUAACCUUGAUUGCUACAUGUUGCUAAUGUUGUCACAUGUGACAGGGCUCAAUGCCUGAUGUAUUUAGACAAUUUUUGUAUUAGACUGGCGAUUCCGGUGAUGUUUACUGCCCAGCUUGUAGUGAGAAUAACAGUGAGAAAACUUUAAUGGUGUCAUGGAAUGUUACAAAUUACAAAAUAGUUAUAACACCGUAAGGCUGUGCACAAGGGCAUCCAUUGAAAACAUUAGGGGGGGGCCGCUUAACUUUUUUUUCAAACACUGAGAUGGUUGAAAUUAAACAUAGAAUAUAGCUUGUAUUUGUCACUGU